UUUCCUUGUUGUUUUUCUACAUAAAAAUAAUAUAAAUACAACAUUAAUAUUAAAAUAAAGUGCAACCAACAUCUUUUUAGGGUGAAUUAACAUUGGGUUUAUCUGCUUUACCUGCUACUUGCUACUGCAGGAGGUGCCUGCAUGGUCAGCGUUGUGUGGAAUCCCGUGGUGCCUUAGUAGGUGGUUGGAAAGAUUUUUAAUGUAUUUUACUUGACAUUUACAUAUACUACAAACAGCGAGCGACUUAUAUAGAACAUCUCCCUGUUUGCAAAAGCCAAAGUGUUUCCACACGCUGGGCCGCAAUGGUGGCUUAAUUUUUUCUUGCUCGCUGGCGGCUUGUCCUCUGCCAUCCGCCAUGCUACGUUUUGUGUCUGCUGGCCCUCGGCGAUCACGUCAUAGACAGGCAGACUGAAUCGAGUAACGUUUAACGUAUUUAUCAUUAAAAGUGCUGAAAAAACCCACAUACAUCCUGCCAAGCUUAAAUCCAAUACUUUAUUUCCUCGUAUCGAUGCAAUCGAUUACCUUUGAAAUGAUGUUAGAUCAAUAUAUGUCAUCCGGAAUGGCAACUUGCCGAACACAGAUUGAUAUAGUUGGAUCGUAGGAAUAAAAAAUCAAUACAUCAAUGUAGUAGAUGAAUCGUUACACAACUAGUAAGUAGCAGUCAGUGGGGGUGGGCAAUACUGCAAAUGUUCAUACUGAUAUCGAUCCAAUAUCAAGUACAUACAGUUCCAGUAUUGUCAAUACUGACACUGAUGCUUUUUAAAAAUUUCCCAGAUUCUUGUCAUUUUGCCUUUAAUUUGAAAAAUUAAAUAGAGGACAAUGAUUUUAGGCCACAAAAAAUAUUCAUAAGUGAGGGAAGGAUGGAAUGCGAGAUUGACAGGCAGAUUGGUGCGGCGUCUGCAGUGAUGCAGACUCUGCAUCGGUCCGUUGUGGUGAGGAUGAAGCUGAGACAAAAGGCAAAGCUCUCAAUUUACCCGUCGGUCUAGGUGUCUACCCUCACCUAUGGUCAUGAGCUUUGGGUAGUGACCGAAAGGACAAAAUCCUGCAUACAAGUGGACGAAAUUAGUUUUCUCCGUAAGGUGGCUGGACUCUCCCUAAGAGAUAAGGUGAGAAGCACUGUCAUCCGGGAGAAGCUCGAAGUAGAACCGCUGCUCCUCUGCAUUGAGAGGAGCCAGAUGGGGUGGCUUGGCAUAUGGUAAGGAUGCCUCCUGGACACCUCCCUGAGGAGGUGUUCCGAGGCCUCCUACUGGUCAGACAUGCCCAGAACAUGUCCGACCAGUAGGAGGCCUCGGAGAAGAUCCAGAACACCUCCGCAUCCGCCGGGAGGAGCUUAGGCUCCUUCCCCUGCGACCCGACCUCGGAUAAGCAAAUGAAAAGUAUACAUAAUGGUACAAAAAGAAAAGAAAUGGAAAAUGAAAUGAUAAGUAGAGGUUUCCUAGAAGAUUUAGAUCAUUAAUUGGAUGCGAUAGUUCCACAGCUUGUUUUGUCUGAGGUGGACAAAAGAGAAAGCUACAUUGUGAAAUACGCCUUGCUGACCUUUUGAACCCACCCCUAUACAAAAUACCACAGAAUGGAAGUUGGACUACCUCAGGUUCUCAGGUUUUGGACAGGUGUGAUACUACAAGUGUGAACGUCUGAUGGCGCUCACAGCGGGCGAUGCUCAGGUCUUUUCUGGGUUUCAGUGACCCAUAUUGCUUGCUGACCAUACUGGAAGAUGAAGAAGAGAAACGCACACGUCGAUCCAGAUCCAAAGCCUCCAAAUAUGUGGUCAAGGAUGCUGUGUCUGAUGAUAAGAUUUAUCAAACAGACAUAAAGAAGCAAACUCUCAACCCCAUUUGGAACGAAACGUUUAUACUGGAGUUUGAAGACAUUGUGGGCGCUAGCUUCCACCUUGAGAUGUGGGAUAAGGACGAGGAGGUAUCGCUCACUCAGAAACUUGAGGAGUUUAAAACCAACUUUACUAGUAUAACAAGAAUGAUCAAGGAGGCCAAAAAGGAGAAAGGGACAGAUGACUUUUUGGGGAAAAUUGUCAUUAAACUCCAGGACCUACACUGUACUGAAGACAACUGGUACAGGCUGGAGCCCAGAACAGAGACGUACCCUGACCGUGGACAAUGUCACCUGAAGCUCAAGUUUAUCCAUAAAGAGAGAGAUGGGACACUAAGCGCAGGUCGAAACGCUUACAUCAACUACUGUGGGAUUCUGCAUGAGUUUGUCCUGUCUUACAUUUCCAAACAAAAGAGUUGUGCUACGUGGAAAGGAGAAAUGUGUGGCGAGGCGCAGACUCUACUGGAGCAGUACGCUACACAGAACGACCUCUCACCUUUUCUCCAGGAUUUGGCGAAGUGGGUGGCUUACAGUAAGCUGUACCAAAGAUUAGAGGUGGACUCAUCUUUGCUGUUACAGCAGCUCACUAGUGUGGAGUAUCACUGGCAUCAACAGGAGUUACCUCACCAACAGAAACGAGAACUUGGGGACUCUCUUCAUGGUUUCCUGCAAUAUGGACUCUAUUUAGUGUCAAAAUACAGAGAUAUCUUCUCCCCAACACCAAGUGCUACUCCAAAGUUACACACACUGCUCAGAAUCUUGGUUCAAAUCUGCAAGACGCAGGCUUUCCAGAACAUGAACCCAGCUGAGUUUGAGCUACAGGAGGAGGUCACUGAUGCCAUACGGACAGGUACACAGGAGUGGUUUACCAACAAAAAAGGUCUGCAUCAGCCAAUGACCAAGGACUUAUCUGAGAUCUUGAGCGCCCUCUCCAGGUUGAUUGAAGAAGUGCGGGAUGACAUAAAACUCAACAAGGACGUCUGGAAUCGAGUAUUUGUGAGUGCAGUGCAAGUGGAUGUUUUCACAGAAGUCUACAAGAAGUUUGAUUCUCUGCUUGCUACUGAAGUAAGAGAAACCUUAUCACUGAUGGAAGGUCAGACUGAUCAGAGUCUAGCCAACAGCAUGUUUCCUGUUUACCUGAGCUUGCAAGCCAUCCAGAAAGACAAGGCCUUCUUACAGAAAAGGGGUCUACUCAAGCUAACAAACUUUCAUGAGAACUUCAGAGAGGCUCAGCCUUACUGGCUCAACAAGGUGUUUAUCACCACCAUGGACAGAAUGGAGAGGGCUGUCAAGGUGGACCAGCUACAACCCCUGCAGUGUGGGGCAGUGCCCAUUAAACACAGCUCCUCAGCAGUGGACCUGGUGGCAUGUAUCCAGCCGGUGUGUGACCUGUGGAAACAGAUGUCCUGGCCUGACCCUGAGGAGGCGUUCAUGCUCAUGGUCAAAAUCACUGAGGAUGUGUGUAAGAUCGUGGUGACCUACUGUCGUAGUUUGAAGGACCGAGUCCGGAUGCUGUCAGAGAACUCCGACCAUGGAAGCGCAAUCAAUAUGCUGUGUGUAGUGGUGAACGACCUUGAAUACUUGCGGUCUGUCCUGGCGCGGCUUCCCACACAGCUCAACUGGGCUGGGCUUCGAGAGCGCACACAUCACGUCAUCGGGGAAAAUCAGUUCCAGAACACACUGCCAGCGCAGGUGCAGCAAGCUCAGGGCAUCCUCGACCGAGAGAUCCGCUCAGCAUUGGACACUUUGGGUAAAAAGUUGAACACAGACAUUGAGACCCAUGUCAGAGGCAUGACAAGCAGGUGGAGGAUUCCGUCCAAAUCCACAGAAGAAGCUGCAGGCCCCCUCAUGCGCUAUCUGGAACAAGAGCUGCAUUACAUGAAUGAAAAUUUGGUUCAAGAAAACUUCAACAGUCUCCUUACUCCUUUAUGGAACAACUCGGUGAAGAUCCUCCACCAGAUGGCAAAUGAGCACGUGCAGCAAGAAGGGCUGAUGGUGUUCUCUCAAAGGCUGCUCUACAUACUUGAGUGCCUAGAGCAGUGCUUCCAUGGUGAAGGUAAUGGACUUCCACUGAAGAUGCUCCAUUCCGAAGAGUACAAGACGCUCAAAGCCCACCUGACUCAUCACUCGCUGAAUAGCCGCCAGCUUGUGGAAAAGUUCCUGGAAAGAAAAAUAUGGGAGCAGAGAGUGGUUGGCAUUGAGAAAUAUGGCGCAGUCACCCUUCUCACCUCCUACAGGAGAUCUGAUCAAAGACUCCGAGUUGAAGUGCUGAACGCUGUCAGCCUUCUGCCAAUGGACUUGAACGGUUUAAGUGACCCAUAUGUGCAAUUAUGCCUGGAGCCUUAUCACACCUUCCCUCGGGUUGAACCUUGUUGCACUCAGAUCAAGAGCUGCGAUCUUAAUCCACUUUUUGAUGAGGCCUUUGAGUUCCUGGUGGGCCUGGAUCAGUGCCAGGCUCCAGGGGCUUGCCUGGUGGUGACGGUUCUGGACCACGACACCUUGGUGGCAGAUGACUUUGAAGGUGAAGCCUUCCUGUCCCUCAAAGAUAUACCUGGCGUUGCAAGAGGAGGGGAACAAACAGACAGCCUGGGCUCUCAUCCUGACGCCCCGCCUGCCCAAAUACGCCUCCCUCUGACGCAUCCAAAACCCAACGAAGACAACAUCCUGAGGUUACUGGAGUCCAGGAAAAGUGAACGUGAAACACAAGCUUUUGUGAAGAAACGGCGACAACGAGAGAAACAAUCCAAGGAGGGAAGUCAACCAUAACAUGAACACAAUCACACUUUUUCUUCCAAAAAUAUACAAUUUGCUUUAAUGAUCUGUACCAAAAAAACCAAACUAAACCAACUAAUUUGGAAACAGUGGUGUAGGAUGAGUUGUGCCUGCGAAGACAUCAUAACCUCUUUCCAAUCCACUUGGUUUUGUCUAACCAGUGCAAUCGAGUAUGACGUGGAUAAGACUACAAUGAAAUGUCUGAGAAAGCUGUCACAUGGUUCUAAACAAAGAUGGCAGGUAUGAAGAAAAUUGUGUACAAUUGCUAUAGUUACAAUUUUAAAAAGGCUCAUUUAAAAGACUACUACACCAAGUCGACUGAGUAUAUUUACCUUGAUUGUGUUCAUAUGCAUUCCUCUUCAUGUUUCUACCUGAGUGCUUUUAGAGGCUGCAUGUUGUAGAGUUAAUUCUAAAUCUUACAAUACAGUUGCAUUUUUGCUAAAAAACAAAACUCAAUAUCGCCCUAGAUGAGCGCUACCUCAAAUGUUGGCCCCCUUUGGUUAUAGUAAUAUACAAUUAAUAACAGGAUAGAACUAAAUAUGCCCUUUAAAGUGUGUUACACCAUACCUGAAGACUACUAAAACUCAUGAUUAUGUUAAACAAUAAAUAUGUUUCUUAAUCAUACAUCCAUUUACACUGUUUGGUCAUGAUUCUAAAAUUACAUUUUGCCAGAAAUGAUGACACACAAAUUUAUAAAAAGUAGAGCAAAACCCCUAAAUUAAAUGGCAAUUUCUUGUUUGCUGAAAUGAUAGACUAUCCUGAUGGACAGACUGCCACUUGAUAAGUACUCUCGACUACUACAAUGUAAUACGGACGUGUUAUGAAUUGUUAUUUUAUAUAAGGUGAGCCGUUGUGGAUUGUGGGCAUGAUAGUGCACAAGUGUACCUAAUAAAGUCGUCACACUUCCUUGUAAA